AUGCGUUCCCGCCACCUUUCCCGUACGCAGACAAGAGAGCAACACUGUGUCUCUGUUUCUGUCUCUGUCUCUCUCUGUGUGUGUAUGUGUGUGAACGCUGACUCGAGGACGUUGGCUCCGGAGAGCUGUGUGCUCACUCGGCGCGUCGUCCUGCAAAAUAAGGGCAGGCGCCAGCACCCGCAUGCCGCCUUUGCCCAGAUGAACACCGUUGGCGGCUCGAGAUAUCGGGGCGAGCGUCUUGUUCCUCAGUGCCAACGCAUGGCGAGGUCUACUGGGACCUCUUUUAAGGAGAAACGUAGGCGUUUGGCCUCGGGAAGCGUUCUGUUUUCCAAGUGCUUACGCAAGUCAUGUUGCGUUUGCCUGGACGCGACGCUGUCUGACUUUGAGAAAGCGGUUUAUCACGUGGCCGCGAGUAUCGAGCCGGGACGUGUCGCGACAUACGGCACCAUAGCGCAGGUGAUUAAGCCAACGGAAGGCGCGCGAGCUGCUCGAGCCGUUGGCACUGCGUUGCGGAAGAAUCCUUACUGGAAAGAGGGCUGCGUUCCUAAAGUUCCUUGCCACCGUGUCGUAGCGGCAGAUCGGACGCUCGGUGGUUACAUGGGCGUUAAAGACCCCAAAAGCACGCAGCUGGAGCGGAAACGCUGCAUCAUGCUUGAAGAGGGCGUGCCGCUGACGCGAAACAAGCGUGGUCAAUGGGUCGUUGUGGAAAACGUCGCUGGAGGCGGCGGCACGAGCGCUGGGCAGCCGCUUCUGAGCCCCGCAGAGCUGCGCGCAAUAGCUGCUACCUUCGCCAGCGCUUCUAGUCUUUCACCUGAAGGGUGUUCGACCCCCAGAUGA